GCAGUAAUUGUAAGCAAUAGAAAAUAUAUAAUAUGGUGGACAAUGGCGCUACACGGUUUAAGAAAUAUAUAUUUUCAUAACAUAUAAAAACAAUUCUUGUGCGUAUUUAUUGGUACUUGAAUAAUUGUAACAUGGAGACUCGAACAAAUGAGCUAUUAACAACAGGCCCAUUAGCUACGGUUAAAGAGGAACCGCUUGAUCACAGUGGCGCGAAGCAAGACAUGCAACCAUCCCAAGUACAGGGCGUUUGCAUUGAAGAAGAGUGCGAACAGCGUAUUGAAUGUACAACAGAUGGUCAAGAGAAUGAAACGCGUGCAUUUUUAUCGAAGUGUGUAUUUUGUGGAAAAACAUUCACUUUUGGUGAUGAUCCAAAACUUUUAGAAUGUUUACAUGCAGCAUGCACAGCAUGUGUCAAUAGUAAACUCAGUGAUCAUAAUACAUCAGUUGACGUGGAUGUCUUGUUGGAAAGCAAUGUGAUUGCAUGUCAAAUUUGUAAUGUUACCACUCAAGCAGAAAAUUUAAUUGAGAAUCGAUUUCUUUCAAAGUUUAUAGAAGAAGAUAAUAGUCCAGGUACUGAUGAUGAAUCUAAAGAAACAGAGGAAGAAAAAAAAUGUACUAGUUGUCACGAUAAUGCUACUGCCACAAGUUGGUGUGUGGAAUGCGAAGAAUUUAUUUGUCAGAGUUGUGUUCUGGCACAUCAAAGAUUAAAAAUAACAAAAGAUCACACAAUUAAACCAAAGGAUGAAGUAGCCAAUGAUAGAGAUAAUGUUAAGAAAAGUAGCAAAAAAAUACCUGGCUGUUUGUUUUGUACCAUUCAUUCGCAUGAACAGUUGUCUUUAUUUUGUCAAACGUGUGAUAGGCUAACUUGUAGAGAUUGUCAGUUAACUGAACACAGAGAUCAUAAGUACAAAUUCAUUCAUGAAAUUGCUGCUGAAACACGAUCUUCGGUAUCUACUUUACUUAAGGAAGUGAGUUAUAAGCGGGUUUUAUUGAAAAGUGCAAUGAAAGUUAUAGAAGAUAGGCAAGUUCUCAUUUUAGAAAAAAAGAAAAGUUUAGUACAAGACAUAACACAAAUGGUGGUGCAAUUAACAAAUGCAAUUAACACAAGAGGAAAACAGUUGGUUAUGCGUUUAAAUGAAGUUUGUGAUCAAAAACAGAAUACUUUAAACGAAAAAAAAGUUGCUUUAGACCAAUUAUCGAAACUUACAGAUCAUUGUAUUCAGUUUGUAACUCAUGCUUUGAAAAAGGGUUCAGAUAUGGAAUUACUAUAUAGCAAAAAAUCUGUUACGAGUCAUUUGCAAAGAAUCAAAAGUAGACGAGCGGACAUUCCAAAUCCAGAAAUACCAGUUAGAAUACACUUAUCCUUGGAAAAAGUACCAGAUUUGAUAAAAGUGGUUUCAUCCAUUGGAGCAAUAGUUGUAGAUGGUAGAGUAUACCCUUCAAUAUCUCCAUUAGGUGGAGUAAAUGCACCAUAUAAUGAGUCUCAAACAGAUCAAAAGCAAACAACUAAUCUAUCAAAUGUGCAUAUGGAUGGUUCUUCCGUAGCUACACCAUUACCAGCUGCAACACAACCCUCGAAUAAUAUGCAACAAAAUUCCUAUCAGCAAGUGCCUCUUCAUCUAGCAUCCCAACAACAGCAGCAGCAACCACAAUCGCAAAACUAUAUGCAACAUCAUCCUCUGAAUAAUAUGCCACCUCGAUCGUCACCACAGGCGCAUCAGCCACGUGUGCCGUAUGCAGUUAAUUUUAAUAAUAGACUGCAACAGCCAUUAAUGAUGCAACAGCGUCCUUUAGGAAGUUGUCAUCAACAAGUAACAUCAUCUACACAUCCUCAUCAACAGGUUCAUAUAGACCAACUGGGACAGAACACAAGUUUACGCGGACUUCUUGCACAUAAUCCCCCUCCUUUUCGUCCUUCUACAAAUCAUGUACCAUAUCGCUUACCACCUUAUAGAUAUCCUCCAAAUAAUUCUCAACGACCAGUACCACCACAUACGUAUCAACCACCAAAUACAUCUAUUUCAAUGCCUAAUAUGAGGCUUCAACAAUGUAACCCAACUUCUCUUUCUACGCAACAUAUAAAUUAUCCUAUUCAACAACCAGCUGCAGCUCGUUGGCAUAUUCCUCAAAAUGUUAAUCCUUGUCUUCCUUGUUAUACUUCCCGUCAUCAAACACCUUCCAUGCCAGUUCCUACUAAUGAUACUUACAAAAUAACAUUAAAAAAUCAGCAAUCAAAUGCAAAUCAAAAAUAUAGUACACAAACAAGUACUAUCUCCGACAAUCCACCUCAGUCACAAAAUGCAGUAUCUGUUGGUCACACAGUCAGCUCAUCAGUACCUAAAACGCCUAGUCCUGUGCCUGCUGGAAAAUCAGAUGAAACUGAAAAAAGUUUAGAUAAAUUUUGCCAAAAAUCCUUAAACGAUUUAAUGCUCACUAUCGCAAAAUUAGAUAGUAACGGAAUCGUGGUAAUACCAGAAGCUCAACGAAAUCAAUUAGAUUCUACUCAAGUAGAUAGUUCAACGGAUGAAGGAAUGAAUCCAAUGACUGAAAAUUCAUCAGAUAAUUCAAAAAAUACUGCAGCAUCCAUGACAAAGGAUGAUCCCAAUGAAGACUGGUGUGCAGUAUGUAUGGAUGGAGGAGAUGCAGUAUUGUGUUGUGAUAAAUGCCCAAAAGUCUUCCACUUAUAUUGUCAUAUUCCUAGCUUAAGAUCGUUUCCUGAUGAAAGCGAAACUUGGCAAUGUAUGUUAUGUACGAAUGUUCUUGAUUGCUCGGAUGAUCCCCCAGAAGAAAGAAAACCGAACACAAUGAGCGCGAAAGAAUUACGAAUUGCGCAAAGAAUUGUGUUAGAACUUUAUUGUCAGUACGAACAAAGUUUACCUUUUCGCGAAGUCGUAUCUAGUGAGAUAGUUGACUAUCAUCGUAUUAUAAAGAAGCCAAUUGCAUUGGAUGUAAUUAGAGAUAAAUUAAAAUCUAAACAUCCAAAUCAUUAUACAGAUUUGAGACAGGUGAUGGCAGAUAUCAGAUUGAUGUUUAAGAAUGCUUUUACAUACAACCCUGUUGAGUCGCAAGUGUAUCAAGAAGCUCGAAAUUUAGAAGAAUUUUUUGAAAAAUUAUUGUUAAAAUGGGCUCCAAAUUAUGCUUACGAUGAUCCUUUUCUUUCGGCUGAUAGAGAUGAAGAUGAAGAAGUAUUUCCUCCCAACAGGAAAUACCGACGUAUAGUUAGUGAUUGAUUGUUAUUUUGCACAAUUGAGCACUUGAAUAUUCAUAUUAUUUUUAAAACACGUUAUAUUUUAAAAUAAUCUGUGGACAUUUCUUAGUUAUAUUGAACAUUGCUUUUCCCAUUUAGUGAAUUGAUAACGUACAUACAUUAUAAAUGUUUAAAGACAUUAACAGAAUAAUUGAACAAACGUUUAUAAUUAUAAUAUAGAAUUCUUCGAAUUUUUUGUUUAAUACAAAAAAAUUUAUAUCAUGCUUGAUAUGUAUAAGCUUAUAAGUGCAUGAAUUUAUAAAUUAAU